AUGGACAGAAAUAAAAAUGAAAUAUUAUUUUGGAAAAUUUUUAGAAAUUCAUAUUUAAAUAAAAUAAUAUUUGAAAAAAUUAAAUGUAAAUGUAGAUUACUUUGUUAUUCAUAUGAUAAAAUCUUUUUUUGUGAAUGGAUGAUAAUAAAUAAUUAUUUAGAAUUAUUGAAAUAUAAAGUAAGAAGAGGUGAUAAAUUAAUAUUUAAUAAUACAUGGGUGAAUGUAUUCUAUAAUUAUGAAAAAUUAACUAGAACCCAACCAGAAUCAUUAAAACGUUCAAAUUCAAGAUUUAAAUACGAUCAAUUAGAAGAUGAUUAUUCUUUAAUUACUUCAAAAAAAGGAAUUUAUGAAGUUAAUUCAAUUUUUAAUUGGUUUAAAGAUGAUUAUGAUUUUUAUUUAAAUUUAUUUAAAAAUUAUUCAAAUUAUUUUAAAGUUAAUAAUGGUAAUAAUAAUAAUAAUAAUAAUAAUAAUAAUAAUAAUAAUAAUAAUAAUAAUAAUAAUAAUAAUAAUAAUAAUAAUAAAGAUUAUGAAAAUCAAGAAAAUAAUAAAAUAAAAAAAUUACGAAUGUGUCAAUCAGAAAGUAGAACGUCAGUUCAUCCAUUAUCAUUAAAACAAAUUAUAAAUCUUAUAAUUGUUUUUGAUAAUGUUUCUGCAAUGAAAGUUUUAGUUGGACAAGGUUAUUAUAUUAGAGAUGACGAACAAAUUUUUAAAGAUUUUAUAAAAUCAUUUGAAAUUGGUUCAUUAAAAUUAGCAGAAUUUAUUUAUAAUAAUUAUUUAAAUUUAGAAUUUACAAAAGAAAAAGAAAAGAUUCAAUCACUUUGGAAUUUAGCUAUUUUUACUGAAACAAACUUUAUAGAUAUUCAAAAAGAAGAUGGAUUAGAAUUAUUUUUAAAUAAAUUUUAUUUAAUGAAGAAAUUAAAAAGCAACGACAACAACAAUAAUAAUAAUAAAAUAAUUUCAAAUUGUGAUAGUGAAAUAAUAUUUAAAAAUAUUCAAUCAAUAUUAAGAAUGAAUAUUUUUAAAAUUAAAUUUAAUAUUUUAAUUGGUUAUGCAGAAGUGAUAUCAAUUUUAAAUGAUCAAUUUGAUUUUCAAAAUAAUAUAAUUAAAAAUUAUAAAGCAAAUACAAAUAAUAAAGAUAUUAAUGAAAGUUUAGAAGAAGAUAAAAAUGAAAUUUCAAUUCUAUCAAUUAAAGAAAUUAAUGAAUUAAAAUUAAAACUAAUUGAAAAAAACAUUAUAAAUGAAAUUAAACCAUUGAAUCAAAAUGAUUGGAAUUCAUUAAAGCAAGAUUUAGAAGGGCUAUAUAAAAUGUUAAUAAUAUUUACAGGUUUCUCAAUUCCUGAAAAUUAUUUCAUUUUUAAAUUAAAAUUUAAUAAAAUAUUAAAUUUUAAAUCAAUGAAUUUCAUAACCAAUAAUCCAAAUGAUUACUUUUUAUAUAAUUUAAAAGAUGGUGGUAAACAGUUGAUUUAUAACCCAGUAUUUUCAAAUUAUAAAAAUGAAAAGAUUCAAAUAAAAUCAUUUUUAGAAAAUUGUCUUUUAGAUUUAAAUUUAAGAGAUGAUAAAUAUCAAUCAAAUAAUUUAUUUUCAUUAAUUAUUAGAGAUAAUCAAAAUGAUGAUGAUCAUGAAAUCAUUGAAUAUGGUAUAAAUAAUCUUUUAUUUAAAGGUGAAUUACCAAUUGAUUAUAAUUCAUUUAAAAAUAUAAAAUCAAUUAAAACAUUUGAUUUUAUUUUUAAAUCAAUUCAAUUAAAAUAUCCAAACAAUCUUUCAACUAAUUUAUUAUCCUCAAUUAUUGAUAAUUUCCAACUUGCCACUCAUUUCAAAGAAAACUAUCCAAAUCAAUAUAAAUCAUCAUUAAAAACAAUUAAAUUCAGUGAUAUUAGUGAAUUUAAAAAUUUUACUCAACUCAAAUUUAUAAUUCACAAUUGGUUAGAUUUUAAAAAUAUAAUCAUAAAAAGUAAAGGUAAAAAUUGGGCCCAAGAUAUUGUAAGGUAUAAAAAAGAAUUUAAUAUAAAUGAAUUUAAAACUUUUGUUUCAUGUUUUGAUAAUCUUCAAAAUACCGACACUAGAAAUAAUAACGAUGUCAAAGAAGAAGAUGAUGAUGAUAAUGAUGAUAGUGAUAAUAAAUCACUUUAUUAUGCAAAUGAUACAGAAGAAUCAUUUUAUGUUUACCAAAAUAGACCAGAACAUUUAAAAUCUGGUAUAUGUGAACCUAUCAGAAUUGAAUUCAUGAACACCAUUAAUUACAUUAAUGAAUCUAAAUAUGGUGACUUAUUUAAACAUAUCGUUCAAAGAUGUGAUUUUAAUGCUAUUGAUCAAUGUAUUUCAAUUUUAGGUCAACCAAGCCAAGAGGAAAUUGAUCUGGAUUAUAAAAAUUUAGAUGUCAUCAUACAUAUUCUAUCUCGAGAAGCUUUUGAAAAUGGAAAUACUAUUGUUUUCGAUUAUUUACAAAAUAAAAGUAGUAAGGGCUUCAUUGAAAUAAAUGAUUGUUAUCCUUGGUAA